GUACGUCACUGCACGGUCGAGUUUAUCGUUUUUACUUGCACCUUUGUCACGUUAGCCGUUCCAUUAAGAGUAGACCAUGAGUCUGCCAGCUGCCCCACCCAGCUAUGCUGAAGCUAUAGCAGGAGAUAAAGAACAAGGAUCUAGUAACUUCAGUUAUGCCACCCAGCCACCUCCAAUGCCACCACCAACCAUGCCCAUGCACCCCAGCUGGGCUUUUGUGCAUCCUGGCCCUAGUCCAGGAUAUUCCAACGCUUAUGCUACCGACAUGUCUUCACCCUUCUCUGAUCCGAGUUCCAAUAGCAGCUUUGAUGGCCUCAAUGGAACCAACUGGGAGGACAAGAAUGUCCGCCGCAUGUUCAUAAGGAAGGUCUUCUGUAUCCUCAUGGUUCAGCUCAUGGUCACAUUUGGUGUAGUGUCACUCUUUACAUUUUGUGAGCCAGUCCGGAAGUUUGUACAAUACAAUCGGAUUUUCUAUCUUACCUCAUACAUGACUUUCAUGGGAACAUACCUGAUGCUUGUAUGCAGCACAAAUGCACGACGAAGAUACCCUACCAACAUGAUCCUCCUUGGCAUUUUUGAAACAAGAGCCACUUUUCCACCAUUGGGCCGAACGAUUCUGAGCACGCUAAUCGUGCUCAACCAUGCUGGUGGAAUGACUAAGUACCUGGGGAAUCAUGAUAUGCCAAGCUACCAUAAUACCAAAGUGGUAAUGUUGUGUCUGGGCAUCACAGCACUGGUGUGCUUGGCCAUCACACUGUUCUGUUUCCAGUCCAGGAUUGACUUCACUACCUGUCAUGGAUUACUUUUCUCGCUCAUGAUGGUGCUGAUGAUCACCGGGCUUCUGCUUUUCUUCACCGCACCGUUUGGAUAUAUACCCUGGUUGCAUACUGCUUAUGCUGGAUUUGGUGCUCUGGUUUUCACUCUGUUUUUGGCAUUUGAUAUGCAGCUGUUGAUUGGUAACCGGCGGUACUCUCUGAAUCCUGAGGAGCAUGUGUUCGGAGCGAUCUGCCUCUACAUGGAUGUUGUCUACAUAUUCCUCUUUUUUCUUCAGCUCUUUGGGAGCCGUGAGUGAGGUGUUUGUGUAGAGCCCUUUAAAACCGGGCUUGAGUUCAGGCUUUGUCCUCUAUCACACAUAAUAAUAUAU